AUGGCCAACACCCAAACAUUAAAGGAGCUGGCUGCCCCGGAGCUGAUUCACCAGCCCUUAUGCAUCACAUUCCCCACUCUGGCUGAGAAUACUGCUUUCGAACUGAAGUCGGGGCUGAUUCACCUCUUACCUUCUUUCCAUGGUCUCUCUGGUGAAGAACGCCACAAGCACGUUAAGGAGUUCGAGGUGGUUUGCUCUAGUAUGAAACCUCCUGAGGUCACUGAAGAGCAAAUUAGACUGAGAGUCUUUCCGUUCUCUCUCAUGGAUGCAGCUAAAGAUUGGCUGUACUACCUACCAGCAUGUAGUAUUAUCACAUGGGCACAGUUGAAGAAGAAGUUUUUGGAAAAAUUCUUCCCUGCAUCCAGGGCUGCGAGUUUGAGGAAGGAAAUCUGCAGCAUUAAACAGUAUUCCGGGGAGUUCUUGUAUGAAUAUUGGGAAAGAUUUAACAAGUUGUGCACUAGAUGCCCGCAGUAUCAAAUUAGUGAACAACUGUUAAUCCAAUACUUCUAUAAAGGACUCCAAUCAACUGAUAGGAGUAUCAUUGACGCUGCGAGUGGGAGAGCACUGGCAAACAAGACACCAAAGGAAGCAUGGGAGCUUAUUGAAGCUAGGGCAGAGAAUUCUCAACAGUUUGGCUUCCGUGAGAGUAACCCUACCCGCAGGGUUAAUGAGGUGGAGUCAACAUCUAUUCAGCAACAGUUAUCGGAGCUCACAUCCGUUGUUCGACAAUUAGCUGUGGGGAAUGUGCCCCAAGUAAAGGCCUGUGGAAUCUGCACAAAUAUGGGCCACCAUACUGACUCAUGCCCUAUGUUGCAAGAAGAUGGGGCUGAACAAAAGUCUCAGCCCUCGCCCUCUAAUUCAGGAAGUUCUUUAGAGGAAAUUGUCAAGAGUUUGACUACGACCACCACUCAACUCCAGCAGGAGACUAGGACAUUAGUCACGACUACUGCCCAACUCCAGCAAGAGACUAGGUCCUUAGUCGCGAGCACCACCCAGUUCCAACAGGAUACCAAAGCGGGCAUGAAAGACAUGGAGACUCGCAUGAGUCAGAUGGCAACCGCCAUUAAUCGCCUGGAGUCCCACGUCUAUGGGAAACUGCCAUCGCAACCUGAGGCAAAUCCCAAAAAUGUGAGUGCAAUGACAUUAAGGUGUGGCAAGGAAGUGGAGGGGCCAAGGGUCACGGACUUGAAAAGUAAAAGUGAAGACAAGAUCGAAAAGGAGAUAGAGGAAGAAGGACACAUUCGUGGAGGUCCUGGGGUAACUCUUACACCAUCAUUACCCGUUAAAUCUACUUUACCCCCUUUCCCAUGCAGGUUGGCAAAGACGAAGAAGGCAGAGAAGGAAAAAGAGAUCCUAGACGUGUUCAAAAAAGUGGAGAUCAACAUCCCCUUGUUGGAAGCAAUUAAGCAGGUGUCGAAGUACGCGAAAUUUCUCAAGGAUCUAUGCAGCCCAUAA